AUGAAGAAUCAUUCUCAGGACACAAACAAUAAACAACAGGAGCACAUAAAAAAGCAAAGGGACGUUCUUGCUUACAGAAUGAAAAAACUCUCAACAAGGCAAGCCGACUUUAUUAAAAAGUCAUCAGAACUAAAGGAGAAGAUCAAGAAAAAAUAUGAUGACAUGAAGCGAGUCCUGGAUGAGGAUCUGAGAAUUACAAUGUGCCAGCUGGACAUGGAGCAGGAAGCCAUGGAAAGAUGUAUCGAGGAGAACAUAGAACGGUGCUACCACCUAAUACAGGAACUGGAUCAGGGUCUGGAUGAGCUCUCCAAACAGUUGGACUCAGACAAAUUGCCCAGCUCUGAAAUGAUUUCAGAGACAGAUGAACGGAUAAUGGAGACCCUGCAGAUGACAGAUCCGGAGAACAUACAGAUGGACGAGUUCAAGAAUGAGCAACUCCUCGGUUUAAGCAUAAACCUGUUGCUCUUCAUCCGCUCACAAGUCCCUGUUACUAAGAAGCUUUUUCAGAGCUAUGCCCAGGAGGUUGUACUAAACCCAGAGUCUGCUCACCCUAAGCUCAUAAUUUCCCCUGCAGGAGACUCUGUUACAUAUACAGAGACCUGGCAGGAUGUUCCUGAAAACCCUUCCCGCUUCGACACAACCCUAAACGUGAUAAGCCAGGAUGGUUUUAAGAAGAGUCGCAACUACUGGGAAGUGCAGGUCAGUGGCAAAACUUACUGGGAGCUGGGACUCACAUAUCCCAGCAUCCCCAGGAAAGGGCGUGCAGAGGACUGCUGGCUGGGACGUGGGCCCGAAUCCUGGGGCGUGGAAUACUUUAACGGAGACUUUACAGCCUGGCACAAUGGGGUGCCCCAUAAGCUUACCCCUAUAACUGGAAGAAAGUUUCAACGUAUUGGCAUCCUUUCAAGCUCGUAUGGGGGUCUGGUGUGUUUCCUUGGGGCAGACACCAUGACCCCACUCUACAGUUUUUGUGCAGGUACUUUUACUGAUGAACUUCAUCAGGCUCUCUGUCCUGGUCAUGACAACCAAGGGACAAACUGGAAACCACUGCUGAUCUGUGAUGCCUCCAGGUCUGGUCCCACUCUGUGAUGAUAAAACAUGAAUAAGAAGGAAUUUCUGUUCUUAAAAAAGCCAAUGAGAAAUAAUGAGUUUAAUAAUAAUUAUAAUAAUAAUUAUUUAAUUAUUAAUGGGUUUUUUUUUCUAUUUAUUUAUGCAUUUUCUCCCAUUUUU